CCCGCCAGACGGCUCUCUGGGCUGGAGUUUACUUCAAGUUCGGAGACUCUUCUAGUUUAAUUUCGCUUUUUUCCGUGGAAGCUGGAUGAAUUGUGUCCGUGCUGUGAAAGAGGAGCAGCCCGGUGAUGUGCAGCCGCUCCCCGGCAUGAAGCGCUCAGACAAGGCCCGUCUCUGGGUGGACCCGUCCUUUGUGGACCUGAUGGAGGAGGACUCCUCUGCGCCUGCCAAGAGGAAGACGAGCCGCUCCGAGUCCUCCAGGAGGGAGCAGAAGAAGACCAGGACCAGGAGGGACGGCUCUCUGAUCCCCAAGGACUGGAGGCUCCAGAGGGACCAGAACCAGGCCUGGGUGGACCGAUACUGCCCCACAUCACUGGUGGAGCUGGCUGUCCACAGGAAGAAGGUGGAGGAGGUGGAGGCGUGGCUGAGGACUCACACCGCCACUCCCCAGGGUGGGGUCCUGCUGCUGACCGGGCCGUCCGGCUGUGGGAAGACUGCUACCCUGCGGGUCCUGGCUGUCCAGCUGGGCCUGCGGGUCCAGGACUGGACCAACCCCUCCAGCCUGGAGACCAGCGGCAGCCAGCAGGAACUGAGGACCGGUGGGUUCUACAGCGGCUCCCAGGUGGCUCAGUUCCAGGAGUUCCUCCUCAGAGCCAACAAGUACAACAGUCUGCCCAUGGCUGGAGGGGGCGGAGCUGCUGGAGGGGGCGGAGCUGCUGGAGGGGGCGGAGCUGCUGGAGCGGCUCCACACAGGAAGCUCAUCCUGGUGGAGGAUUUCCCCAACCAGCUGUACCGGCAGCCUGGCGCCCUGCACGACCUGCUGAGGCGCUUUGUGAGGACGGGCCGCUGUCCUCUGGUCUUCAUCGUGUCAGACGGCGUGAGCGCAGACGGCGGUUCUCGGUCGCUGUUCCCCAGAGAGCUGAGGGACGAGCUGGACAUCAGCUGCAUCAGCUUCAACCCGGUGGCCCCCACCGCCAUGAUGAAGGUCCUGACCCGCAUCGCCGCCCUGGAGGCGGGACAGAGCGUCCCUGAUGCGGCGGCGCUGGACAGACUGUGCUCUGGAAGCUCCGGAGACAUCCGCAGCGCCAUCAACAGCCUGCAGUUCUCCACCCUCACAGACCGGAGCCUGCCGAGGGACAGACCCGUGAAGACGGUCCGGAGGAAGACGUCCCGGCAGACCAGGGAGACCAGGGACCGGGACCGGGAGCAGGAGCAGUCCAUCGGGGGGAAGGACUCCACCCUCUUCCUCUUCAGAGCUCUGGGGAAAAUCCUGCACUGCAAGCGGGACCCUGGAGGCCGGGAGUCCCCGUCCCUCCCGUCUCACCUGUCCUGCCAUCGUAGAGAGGCUCUCCUGGAGGACCCGGAGCUGGUGGUGGAGCGAGCGCACGUGUCCGGAGAGUUCUUCACCCUGUACCUGCACCAGAACUACCUGGACUUCUUCUCCCGGCUGGAGGACGUGGACCGGGCCAGCGAGUACCUGUCGGACGCCGCCGCGCUGACGGCGUCCUGGACGAGCCGCGGCCUGAUGGAGGGGUACGGCUCGGCGCUGGCCACCAGGGGGCUGCUGCACGCCAACGGCCGGCCGGCGGCGGUGGGCUUCAGGCCGCUGCACAAACCCGGCUGGCUCGCCGUCAGCAGGAAGCUCCAGGAGAACAGUCUGACUGCUCAGGCUCUGUUCAGGAGCUUCUGUCUGACUCCAGUCACUCUGCAGACCGAGCUGCUGCCAUACCUGGCUCAACUCAGCAGCCCCAUGAGGAACCAGGCCCAGAUCUCUUUCAUCCAGGACGUGGGUCAGAUGCCACUCAGGAGAUUCCCCAGCAGCAGGUUAAAACUGGAGAUGCUGAUGGACAAAGAGCCCGGACAGCUGGAAGAGGAAGAAGAGGAUGAGAGGGAAGAGGAAGGUCAGGACGGGGCUGAGGAGGGACUGGCUUCCAGCCAGCCUCAGGCCGCCAGCAGCCGGCUCCUGCUGGAGGACGAGGACCUGGCCAUCGAGGAGUAUGACAGCGGCUGAGCGCCGUGGCUGCUGGGAGAUCCUUCAGCGCUGAGUCGAGUCGAAGUGGUUCUCACGUUCGGACCUCGUCACUGUUUAAAGUUCCACCAUCGGAGGGAUCGAUUGGUCGCUGCUGUGGCAACAGGUUCCAGGACUGCAGAAGAGGGCCUCACACAUCCAUUCAGAUUAUUUAUUGAGGUUUUCACAGUGAACUUUAAUGUUUAGCAUCGUAAGCUUUAGCAUCGUAAGCGUUAGCAUCGCAGUGUUGGUUUCAAUGCCUUUACAAAAUAAAGCCAUUUUUCUUACUGAC